AUGAGGUCUAUUCCGGAAAUAGGAACAACAUUUCCCAUCAUUGGAAAUGCACACCAAUUGAAAACCAAAUCGGGAGAGUUUUUCAACCAAAUUGUGGAGCUCACGACAGAGUACUACACAUUGCCACUAUUCAAAAUUUGGAUUGGUACAAUCCCGUUUGUCAUCUUGUUCCAUCAUGAAACUGUUGAGAGCAUUUUGAACAACCCCAUUCACAUGGAAAAAGCAUAUGCAUACACAUUCUUGCAUCCCUGGCUAGGCACUGGUCUACUCACAAGCACAGGUAAAAAGUGGCGACAGAGGAGGAAGAUGCUGACCCCAACCUUUCACUUCUCAAUUCUAACUGACUUCAUGGAGGUGAUGAAUGAGCAGUCUGAGAUUCUGGUGGAGAAGCUGCAGAAUAAAGCUGGCAAAGAAGUGUUUGACUGCUACCCAUAUGUCACCCUGUGUGCUCUGGACAUAAUCUGUGAGACCGCCAUGGGAAAGAAAAUCUAUGCUCAAAGCAACUAUGAAUCUGAAUAUGUCAAAUGUGUAUAUAAAAUGAGUGACAUAGUCAGUCGGAGACAGAGGUUGCCAUGGUAUUGGCCGGAUCUUUUGUACUAUUCUAUAGGAGACGGAAAAGAGCAUGACAAGAUGCUGAAGGUUCUCCAUUCAUUUACACAGAAAGUAAUUAAAGAAAGAGCCGAGAACAUAUCCAACUCUGAAUCCGACAGUGAGACAGACCUGAAAAAGAGACGAGCAUUCCUGGACAUGCUCCUGAAAACCACAGAUGAAGAAGGCAACAGCAUGAGCCACCAGGAUAUUCAAGAAGAGGUGGACACCUUCAUGUUUGAGGGUCAUGACACCACAGCUGCUUCCAUGAAUUGGAUUUUACACCUGGUGGGCUCUCACCCUGAGGUACAACGCAAAGUCCACCAAGAGUUGGACGAGGUCUUUGGGACAUCAGAUAGACCUGUUAACACAGAGGACCUGAAGAAAAUGCGUUAUCUGGAGUGUGUAAUUAAAGAAGGACUACGUCUCUACCCCUCAGUCCCAUUUUUUGGACGCACAAUCUGCCAGGACACCACAAUCAGAGGUUUCAAAGUACUCAAAGGCUCCAACAUCAUCAUUGUGACAUAUGCUUUACAUCGGGACCCACGAUAUUUCCCUGAGCCUGAGGAGUUCAAACCUGAGCGAUUCCUUCCUCAGAACUCUAUUGGACGACCGGCCUAUGCUUAUGUACCAUUCUCAGCUGGACUGCGCAACUGCAUUGGCCAGCGUUUUGCACUAAUGGAGGAGAAGGUUGUGUUAUCGUCUGUCUUUCGGAGGUUCACUGUGGAGGCCUGUCAGAAACACGAGGAACUCCAUCCAGUCGGAGAACUUAUUUUACGUCCAGAGAAGGGCAUCUGGAUAAAAUUGGAGAUGAGGACAAAAUAA